UAUCAUGUGAUUUGUGAUUUGUCAAAAAUACUUUUGAUAACCGAAUGGCAAGCCAAAGCAAAAAGUGAAACUAGAAGAAAUAUUGGCUAUUUUCAAUUAAACUGGGCCCGAGCUAGCUAGAAUAAUGUCGAACAAAAACAAGAAAAGCGGAGGGGCCGGAAACGGAGCAGCACAGAAACAGACCCGCCAGCAGUCACACGACUCGCAGGAUUACAGCUCCUUCAAAAUAGUCCUUUUCUACUGCAUGCUCAUCGUUUUCCUGCCCGUUGUGACGUUCUUCCUUCUCAAAGGCUUUGUUCUGGACCGAUUCUUCAGCCUGUCCGAGGUUAAAGUCAAUAUUGCAUCCGCCGUGGGCGCGGUGGUGUCUCUGCACAUUGCUCUGGGGCUGUAUAUCUACCGAGCGUAUUUUGGAGCAACUGGCUCCAAGGCCGUCAAGGAGGACUAAUCUGCGCUAGGAUGAAUGACAGGACUGUUUCCCAUUUCCACACUCUAUAGUUAAGUCAAAAAACCGCUCUGUACAUACGCAUAAACAAAAUACCUACAUGCCAACGAGGGAGGAGAAAGUGGCAUGUAACUUUCCCGUGUAAUCGUUUUCCAUUGCAUAAGUUUCGAUAACUGCAGCGUGGAAAACGUGCCGAAUAGUUUGUUGUCUAGUGUUUCAUGUGUGUGCAUAAUUUGUAUUAAAGAAAAACGAAAAUGCGUGUACCAUUCCGUAA